ACUGGUUCCUCUUCCAUAAUCCACAUUCAUUCAUUCUCUCUUUGGUUCCUCUCCAAAAACACAAAACUUCAAUCAGAGACAAAUGGCUGCCAACACAUUGAUGAGCUGUGGCAUCGCCACCACAGCUUUCCCAUCAGUCCUCUCUUCUUCAAAGUCCAAAUUUGCCACAGCUACCCCUCUUUCUAGUGUUGGUGCCAAUGCCUCGUCCCGCUUUACCAUGUCAGCCGAGUGGAUGCCAGGUCAGCCUCGGCCUAAACACCUCGAUGGCUCGGCACCCGGGGACUUUGGAUUUGACCCACUUGGGCUAGGUGAAGUUCCAGAGAACCUUGAAAGAUUUAAGGAAUCCGAACUCAUCCACUGCAGAUGGUGUAUGCUUGCUGUUCCAGGAGUCCUAGUACCAGAGGCAUUGGGAUUGGGCAACUGGGUGCAGGCUCAGGAGUGGGCUGCAGUUCCAGGAGGCCAAGCCACAUACUUGGGAAACCCAGUGCCAUGGGGUAACCUUCCCACCAUUUUGGCUAUUGAAUUCCUUGCAAUUUCCUUCGUUGAGCACCAACGUAGCAUGGAGAAAGACCCCGAGAAGAAGAAGUACCCUGGUGGUGCUUUUGACCCCUUGGGCUACUCCAAGGACCCUAAAAAAUUCGAGGAAUACAAGGUCAAAGAGAUUAAAAAUGGUCGGCUUGCAAUUUUGGCUUUUUUGGGGUUCUGCGUUCAACAAUCAGCUUAUCCUGGCACAGGACCAUUGGAGAACUUGGCUUCUCACUUGGCUGACCCAUGGCACAACAACAUUGGGAAUGUGAUUAUCCCAAGAGGGUUGUAAUUUUGAUCAUACUUUUCACUGUAAAAGUCCAUGUGACAUUCUGUAAUGAAUCGGGAUUUCUUUGGUCUGUGUAAUUAUAAGUUUAGAAUUGCUACAUUACAAACUUUCACUUUGGUACCUAAAAAUUACUGUGAAAGUCAGUGUACCUGUUUUAUUCUAGAAAAUGCAAAACAAGUCUAGUUAAUUCGUGGUA